AUUUGUUAGAGGAAAAGUUAUAUCACAAAAAUUUCUCGAAUUCUCUACGUCACCCGCCAAAACCCCAUGUCUUUAAAUCCAUAGGGUCCCAUAGAGAAGCUGUGAUGACCGGACCAACAUGCGGGACAGCUCAUGAGAAUCUCUACUCGAAUUGACGGGUCGAUUUACGGCGCGGUACUUUCCUGUCGACCCUCGCCAGGCUUAAGCUCAGUGCCCUCGUUGUAUACCACGAAUACCACGAAUAUAGGCGAUGGGCAUAGCUGCGAGGGCUUACUUACUGUCUCCAGCCGCCCUUCCUUGGCACGGUCUAGGAAUAAACUUCAAAUAUAUUCCUGUACACUUAUCUCUACAAGACAUCUCAGCUCGACAAUAGCAACAUUAAGUCAUCGGCCUUUAAGUCCCGGCUUCUUCAACUGGAAUUUCCAGUGUGAUCGCAAAUGGAACCAUGCUGCCACGAACACGGCUGACGCAGCUAUCCCACCACGGGAAGAUAAGCCGAGACAUGAGCUACUUGAAAUUGUUGACCAAUACGACAAUACUUCUGUGAAUGAUCAUCUCGAGUUCCUGAGGGAUCCUUACUUCCGGAGAUAUGCUCCCGCCAAUGGCCCAAAUCUCACCGUCUCAGACAAAAUUGAAGAUGUUGAGCUGCAAUCUGUCAACCUCCAGCAGAGACUAAGUCCCGAACUAUCGGAAGCUGUUCAGAAAUUACAAGAGAUAGUACUUCUCAAGCUUAGGCGCCCGGCAACGACAGACUUGGAUGAGGUAUAUGAUCGAUAUUUGGCACUUCCAGAACCCCGUACGUCAUAUAUUACGGCUCGUUUGAGGCAUCAGCUGCUUGCAGUCCUUGGAAUGACUGAAAAGAAAGAUUCCAAGUCUAUGUUGCGCUACUUUUCUGUGGUAACCGAUGUAAAGAACAGCGGUUUCCCCCUGACCCUAUUUGAAUGGAACACGGCCAUAUCAUUUGCCAGUCGAUACGUUGGAAGAUCAACAGAGGUAGAAGUGGAGGCUGCACUCCAGCUCUGGCGGGAGAUGGAGCAGGUCGCAGGCAUUCGUGCCUCUGAAGUAACUUUCAAUAUCCUCUUUGACGUUGCAUCGAAAGCUGGUAAAUUUGAUCUUGCCGAGAUGAUAUACCAGGAGAUGGUAACACGGGGUUUUCAAUUCAACCGAUAUCACCAUGUCAGUCUGAUCCACUACUUCGGUCUUAAGCGGGACACUAGUGGGAUGAGAGCAGCAUAUAAAGAGAUGGUGGAGUCGGGCGAAGUCAUUGAUUCCGUUGUGCUUAACAGUGUUAUAUCUGGGUUUCUAGCAUCUGGGGAGGAACCGUCUGCCGAGAGGGUUUACGAGAAAAUGAAACUUUCAGCCCGAGGGUCCAGGCCAAUGCCAGAUCGUAACUACUCGAUGCAGAAGAACAUCACUAAAAUACUCAUGAUGUUUGCGAGGGUAGCGAAAAAGCAUCCCGACAUGCGUCCAAACUUCCAGAAAACCGCCCUGAUCUCUCCAGACCUGCAAACCUAUCGCCUCCUUAUCAACCACUAUGGCCCGAGAUUGGGCGAUCUCUCUAAAGUCGCACAAUUUCUCGAUGAGAUGCAAGUAUUUGAAGUGCAAUUGCAUGGUGCUAUCUUCCUCGCGCUUUUCAAAGCCUUUGGCAGGCAUGGGUGUGGGGGGUCAGACUGGUCGGCAGCGAGGUUAGUCAGUGUAUUCAAAGCCUUCUUGGACGCCCUCGAUUCUGGGACUGAGGGGUUUUACAUCAGUACUUGGAUGGCCAUGGCUGUGCUGAGGGCCUUCGCAAAAUAUUCAACUCGUGACCAGAUGUUGGACGUAUACGAGGAGUUAAGGUCUAGAUGGGACUUGGACACUGCAAAUUCUCAGUUCAUGAUAGACUACCUGCAAAGGAUUAUGCAACAAGACAAUUUCCUUUGGCAACGUAGAAUCGAGUUACCAUAAGAAGGGGAAUAAAAAUAUGGAUAUAAAUAGAGGUAAAAUAAUGCAAAGGAGCAAUGACUACGGACGAAUGAUACCAAUCAUAUGUACAUAUCACGGGGGUAAAUAGACUUGCCUGUACAUGUUAGAAUAUUACAAUGAAAAUAUAUUAACG